GUCAACGCCGCCUGUCGUCCAGCAGCUGAUGCUUCCGUUAGAUCCGUUGUCUAUGCGAGUUGCUUCCAAUCAUCGGUCUAUCUUUCUUUCCCAGUGAUAUUAUUUCUGUGGAUUCCCAGUGCUGUAUGCUAAAAGCGAAUCGCUCGUUGUCGUUCUUGGACGGUAUGCUUCGUGCGUAGUUGCUUAGUGUUGACGAAAGACUUGUGUAGCAGCUGUCGUCUCCAGACAACGCAUAAACAGUGAAGCUAGCAGAAAGAAGCGUCCAGCCAUGAUGCUAGGCGGAAGCCCCGGAGAGGUGAAUCCCAAUGGGUCGUGGCUCAACAGCAGGUUUAUCUGGCUCACGUAUGGCUUGGGCAUACUCCUACUUCACUUGGUCAUCCUCAGCUUCCCAUUUUUGAGCGUCGCCUGGGCGUGGACCCUAACCAAUGUUUUGCACAAUGUCGCAAUGUUCUUUUACCUCCACACACUUAAAGGCACGCCUUGGCAAACAGCAGACCAAGGGAAGUUGCGAUACCUCACACAGUGGGAGCAGAUUGAUAAUGAGAUGCAGUUCACCGCUACAAGGAAGUUCCUCACUGUGGUGCCUAUCGUAUUGUUCUUUCUGACAAGCUUCUACACAAAGUAUGAUUCUGUCCACUUUGCACUCAACUUCUCUUCACUCCUGUUUGUCCUCUUGCCAAAGCUGCCACAGUUUCAUAAGGUCCGCCUGUUUGGCAUCAACAAAUACUGACACUGCCCUUACCUCAGAUGCCAUGCCCCUCUUUGCCCAAACUAUGUACAUACUCUUGAGGUCUGUUGUGUAAGACACCACUUCUAGAGAGAGAGAGAGAGAAUAAAACAUGUACUAUGUA